ACGAGACGUCACCGCUCAUCGCUGCAGAGACCAGUUCACCACUGCUGGGCUCAUACGCAGAAAGAUCCUCGUGCUCGUCAAGGAUACUUGUAGAUGUAGGCAGGUGGAAUGUGAGGCAGGAAAUUCUAUUUUUAUUUUUACCAAGCUAUAGCUAUUAAACAACGAUUUAGACUGAGUGUCCCAUCAUGAGUGUUAAGCAGCCCUGCAUCUUUCUCAGAGGAGGAGGAAAGCGGAGACAAACAAGAAACCUUACACCAGAUGAGCUUGAAGAGCUACGUGAGGCUUUUGUAGAGUUUGAUAAAGACAAGGAUGGCUUCAUUACCUGCAAAGACCUGGGGAACCUGAUGAGAACCAUGGGCUACAUGCCGACUGAGAUGGAGCUGAUCGAACUGAGCCAAAACAUUAACAUGAACUUGGGGGGACGGGUGGACUUUGAAGAUUUUGUAGGUCUGAUGACCCCCAAGCUUCUGGAUGAGACUGCCGGGAUGAUCGGGCUGAAAGAACUCAGAGAUGCUUUCAGGGAGUUUGACAUAGACGGUGAUGGCACUAUCACGUCUGAAGAGCUGAGAUUUGCUAUGAUAAAGCUUUUAGGGGAACAGGCGAGUAAGAAAGAAAUAGAGGAAGUGGUCAAAGACGUAGACAACAACGGAGAUGGAAAAGUUGACUUUGAGGAGUUUGUGAUAAUGAUGUCAAAGAAAUGAGGACAACAAAAUGAAGACAGAAGAGGAUCCUACAUUGUUUUCAAUUGUUAAAUUAUAAUUUUUGGAAAUAAUCUUACUUUCUACUUACAUUAGCAUUACCGGUAUGUUCGCUGAUUUUGUAACAAUUUCUUUGUUAAAAUAUGAUUGGUAUACAUUUUCAGGAGCCGUUAUUAAAAAUAAUAAUAAUAAAAAAGAAAAAAUGG